UUUCUCAAAAGAAGAGGGCGAAAAACUAAGAAAAAACGGAAAGACUCUGUAGACUACUGCUCCGAGAUUGCAUCGCUUUGCCGAGAGAGCUCUCCAAUGGCUUCUUCGCAGCUCCUUCAGCUUCGGCAGCUCGCUGCUCUCAGAUUUCGCUCCGAUUCCGCCGUGGCCAUGUUCCCCUCCGCCUUUCCUAUCCCUCCUCUUCAGCUCAAAACCUUGCCUUUCUCUUCCCUCUCUGGGCCUUUCAAUGCCGCCGGACCCAAUAAAAUGCCGCUCCCUCUGACUACCCGCCGGCCGCUUCUCCGGUUCCCCUGUCGACUGAGUGGCUCCGGCCCAGAUAUCAUAUCACAGCUGGAGCUGGGGAAGCCAGACGAAAAGCCGGUGAAGCGUGUGAACGGAAUAUUCUGGAUAAUCCUCCUCAAUCUUGGGAUCUAUGUUGCAGAUCACUUGUUUCAGGUCCAGGGCAUUAAAAGCUUGUAUUUGUAUCACAAUUGGCCUGCUUGGUACCAGUUUCUUACAGCAACAUUCUGCCAUGCUGACUGGAACCAUCUUUCCAGCAAUCUCUUCUUCUUGUAUAUCUUUGGUAAACUUGUUGAAGAGGAGGAAGGGAACUUUGCUCUCUGGUUUUGUUAUAUUAUAACUGGUGCUGGGGCGAACCUUGUUUCAUGGCUUCUUCUUCCCAGAAAUUCGGUUUCUGUUGGAGCUUCUGGUGCUGUUUUCGGAUUGUUUGCUAUCAGCAUCCUCGUAAAAAUGUCAUGGGAUUGGAGGAAGAUCCUCGAAGUGCUUAUUUUGGGCCAAUUUGUUAUCAAAAGGAGUUCAGAGUAAGUGGAAUUAUCAGUACUCUUCUUGGCUAUUGAUAGGUGAUGGAAGCAGCUCAAGCUUCGACUGCAAUGCCUGCCUCUUUCCGUGGAAACUACUCCCUGCAGAGCAUCAAUCACGUUGCCCAUCUCUCUGGUGCUCUGAUUGGUGUCCUCCUAGUUUGGCUCGUUAGUAAAGUUCCUUCUGAACCUCGAGAGCAAGAUAAGUCGAUCUCGCACAGGAAAACAGAUGGGAAGUUUUGAACAGCUUCUAUCUUCUUUCUUGCCUUGCCCUAUAUUGUAUAACACAUGUCAGAGAAGUCAGUUCGUCCUGAUAUCGAGGAAUUUAGUGUAUCCAUUGAAAGGAAUCUGGAGAUGGAUUUUAUGCUAGUGUGCAUUAAUAUAUCGAUGCAGUUAAGCAACGACCGAGUGUGUAUGAAGCAUGGGUUACGUAGCGUAAGUAACUUAUGCUACGUAAUCCGUGCUUAUUGGUUGUUCUGUUUAAACUGGGUUAGUUUUUGUCAACUCUAAAAAGUCUUCAUGAAUAUUAGGCAAAGUGCAUGUGCGGUGCCGUGGGACUGAAACUUUUCGGUCCAACAUUAUUGGAAUCGAAAUUUAUGUAAUGCACAAUAUACUA